AUGGCACAAACAUUAUAUGAAAAUCAUUUCAUAAAACAAUCGUCGCAGCAUAAUAUUAAUAAUUACAGUCUCAUUGUAUUAGAUCCAAAGAUUGAUGAACUCAAUUUGAACAAAGAACAUGUCAAUGUUCAACUUAAUACAAUUAUUAGUACAACCAAAAUAUACAUUAAUGUAGAUAAAUGUGUUGACUCUUUUAUCGAUGUCAAUAAUGAAUUUAUUUUCUUGACUUUGUCAAAUAUCCAUGAGGAAAACUUUAUAGCAAUCAUUCAUGAUAUGCCACAAAUUUAUUCGAUCUAUGUCUACUACGAUGGUAAAAUAAGAGAUAAUGAAGUGAUUAAAAAAUUCCAUAAAGUAAAAGGCAUUUAUACAGAUCUUAGUUCUAUUUUCGAUUCAUUUAAAAAUGACAUACGUCGAUAUGAAGAGAAUCUUAUUUCAACUAGUAUUAUGCCUAACACUAAUAUUUCGAAAGUAAAUUUGAAUGAACUUGAUCCAUCAUACAUGUACACAAAGCUUUUAAAAGAGGUCUUACUCAAAUUAGACUUUGAUGAACAUCAAAGAAAGUAUUUUGUAGCAUUAUCUCGCGGGUUCUAUGGCAAUAAUACGAAGAUAUUACAAACAGUUGAUGAAUUUGAACGUGAUUAUCAGAGCGAUGCAUCUAUUCGGUGGUAUCCACGUUCACGUUUCCUUUAUGAGAUGCUUAAUCGAGCUCUAUGA